AUGCUAAGUCAUAGAGAAUGGAAUCUUAAUGACUCUAGUUCUUAUAAUUUAUUUUCAUUUUUAGAAGACAAUCAAGAUAGCUUACUCUUCACGCUAGCAUGUAACUAUCUUUCAAUAGGACAAUUUGAACUAGCUCGUGCAAUUAUAAAGCAUCUCGCUUUAUCUAAUCCAAAAAAAGCAUCUGAUCUAAUAAAGUGUAUAAUACUCUAUGGUCCCCCACCAGACUGGCAAUUAUCGGUCUCAGUACCUUCGUCGGCUCACUUAGGAUUACUAUGCUUGACAGAGUUCUACAAUAUUUCUACCUGCAAGAAUAGCUUCCCUGAAUGGAUAUUCAGGCAGCUUGAAUUCAAUGUUAUAUUGGCCCAAAUACUACUUGAUUGCCCUAAUGAAAAUAUAUUACCUAAUAGCAUAAAGGAAAUCCGGCUGUUAUAUAGUCUCAUAAAUAUUACCGAAGAUUUCCAUGAAUUACCUAGUACUAUAUACAUACCAACUUUAAGUGUAUUACCUAGAAAUAAAUCCCUUCCCCUAUUAUUAAACCGUUACCCAUCGUAUAUAAUUGACUUAAAAUCUGAGAUUUCGGAAUAUAACAAAAAACUUUCGGAAUAUGAUUCUGGAUACUUCCAAAUAUUAAGCAAAGACACAGUUAAUCAAUUAGUAUCAAUUACUUAUUUGUUACCUAGAUUGGGGUGUUCUCUAUUAAACUGUUUAAAAUUCAAGUUUUAUAAUAUUGGAACAAAAUAUCUAGAAAAUUCCAAUUUAUACUUUACUAUAGAAAGAAUUACAAAAAUUUGUAGAAUCAAAAUGCAAUGGAUUUUUAUAUCAUGCUGCUUAAAAGCAAUAUUGUCAAUGGAUACAGUAUGUAACAAUCUUGAAUCCCACUUUUAUAAUACCAUCUUUCUGUAUUUGAAAAAUUUAGAAUUGCAAUACUUGGAAUACUUUACUGAUUUUCUAUUGUUGCAGACUUUUAAUGAAUUCAGCUUUAAACAUGAUAUAGAUAUUACAGCUUUAAAAUCAGAGGAACAUCCUGCAAUAAAUAUAGUAAUUCUACUCGUAAUAUGUUGCAUAAUCAGUAAUUUUUGCCAGAUUGAAUUUGGUGAUUUGAUUUUUAAACUAUUUUUAAGUGAAAAUAAAGAUUUAAUUGUAAAUUGUAUGGAAGAUGCUGUCAGAUUUUCAGAAAAGAUGAGAUAUUACAAGAAAAUUACUUCAUUAGAACUAAUAAAAUACAUUGUUACUAUUUGCAAAUAUUUUCAGUCUUCAAUACACAAGUGUAUUGAGUCAAUUGACUCAAGUAACGGUGAAUUUUACAGAAAGUUUAUGCAAAGUUUUGAGAAUGGUAAACAAAAUUGCAUUUCAAAUAUUUUAAACAAUGUACAAUCGGAAAUACUUAUGGAAAUUUUGGUCAUAUGUGAAAAUGUAUGGUUUUUUCAUUGUACUGAAAAUACAAAAGUGGGAAUUUUCGAUUAUUCGAAGUUUCUCUCCUCUACUUUUAUUAAUCCUCUUUUAAAUGGGGAAAACUCAGAUACUUUUACUAUAUUAAGUCUCUCUAAAGAUGAUUAUUACUUUUGGGUCAAAUACUGGAAUUGGAUUAAUAUCUCUCAAAGACACGCUCUUGAAGUACCUUUGGAAAUUAUUCUUGAGAGCAACAAAAUAUAUGAAUAUACAGACUUCAAUAGUAUUUUUACUAGACUAAACAUAACAAAUAAAGUAUUAGCUUGUUUUCCUCACUUCCGUUCCCUAGCAAUACACUUAAUAUGGAGCGAUAACUUACAAGUAAACUGGGAAAUACUAAAAAAAUUAUGGAUACCCUAUAGGCUUAAUGAAAGUAUGUAUUCUUGUGGAGAUAUGAAAUUAAAUACUGAAUUAGAUGCAAGAUAUACACGAUUAGCUGUUGCAUUAUGGAUAGCAGAGAAUUCUUUAGAAGUAAAUUCGGCACUACUUGAUAAAGCAGAUGAAAUAUACACCUAUUUAUCCAAAGAACACUGUGUUAUAGAAUAUCUCAUGCAAAUUAAUAUUCAAAAUAAUUCAAUGAGAUCAUUCAAAAAGUGGAAAGAGUUUGAACAUCUUAUUUCAAGGUUUAUUGAUGUAGGCCUUUUAAAUGAAGAGUAUGACAAAAAUUGGUUUGAUAUCAGGGACCUAUUGCGAUGUUAUAUAUUAAUUUACCAAAUUAGUCUUGAUCUAAGCAACAAAUGUAGUAACAGAAAAAUUGUAUCUACAUUAGAGGAGGCCUCAUUAAAAAUAGACAGCUUGAAAUCAAGCAAAUACCUAGCACAGUUCCUAUGGUGUUUUAUUAUAUUGCCCUUUUAUAAAGUAGAUCAGAACAAUACUAAUGAUAUAUUGAUGGAUCCCUUUCUUAAUCUGGAUACUGUAAGUUGUAUAAUAUAUUACUUAACUACUUGGACACAAAACUUUAAUGGCUUAUCAAUAAUAUUACACGUAAAUAAUGAAAUAAUGUGCAGACUUUCCUAUCUUUUAGAGUUUAAACUAUUUACGAGUUUUGUAGACUUGAGUCCUAAUUUUGCAAGUCAGGAUAUUUCAAGUCAUAUUUUUAGUUGGUGGUUUAGAGAAGUAUUGGAUAUAAAUUUCAAAAUAGAUGCAAUUGAUAUUUAUCCUACAACUAAGAUUGGAUCAUUUGUUGAACUAGAAAGAAAAAGAGUGAAGAAUAGGAAGGUAUACUACAACUCUCCAUGGUUCUGUAGAGCUAUGAACUAUGAAGUUACUUUGGGGAUUUUGGACUUAUCAACAGAGGAAUGUGAAGACAAUAUUACAUCUUGGAAUAUGGAAGAUUUGUUAAAUAACCACUCUUUAGCAUUGAAACUAAUAUUUAUUAAUGAUUAUGAAGGUGCCAUUCAUAAAAUUCAAUUUCUUUCAAAUGAUGGAUAUACCUUUUUACCACUACUCUUUGAUAGCAUUAUUUUCCAGAAAUUACUAGAGACUGAUUUUUCAUUUCCCAGUUUUUACACAUUCCACUCAAUACUUGAAUACUUAAAUUUAGGUCAUGAGUUUAGUGAAAGUGAGUUCGUUUCCGUAGAUAUAACUCAACCAAUGGAACAAAUGGAUGCUUGGUUAAAACAGUUCCAAAAGAUCUGUUAUGUAGAUGAUAUGGAGAUAGGAUGGUUAAUGAGAUACCAUCCAAACAUAUAUAAGCUUUAUAUAUUGAUGGACUAUGUAAUAUCCAAUGCCAAUACAAAUUCUUAUGAGACCUCAAAUAAUUUAUUACAACUCUCAAAAAAUAUAGUACAAAAGUACUGCGAAGUAUUGGAUAAUGAGUACUUAAGUACUAUAUCAGUAACCCUAGAUCGUCUACUUAUAUUUCUGGAAUCACCAACUAUUGAUUCACUAACUAUGUAUAUGAUGGAAAUUCAUACAUUACCACUUCAACCAUCUAUGAUUCGCACACACUUGGAUAGAAUGCUAAGUAAACGUGAAAUAACAUCAACUUUAGUUCAAUCUCUUGGAAAAAUAACUAAGAAAAAUUCUGAUGACAUAAGCCAGUUACCUACUGAACACUUUACAUCAAUUAUUGAACUACUAAAACAGAGUAUUAAUGCACUUAAAGAUGAUAAUACUUCAUCUAAUUUCUUGCUCACUGUAUUAGAUUAUAUUUAUAAUAUCUUGAAGAUCAUUUUUGGGCCAAAUGAACACAAUAAAAUAUGGCCAAUAUUAGCAAUUUCUCCUGAAGAUAUUAUUUAUCACACAUUCUUUGAAUUAAAACUAUAUGAUGAAAGUAGAGAAUUGGCUAAAAUUAUGAAUUUAGAUUUAUUUACCACUAUACUAUCUUUUACCCCAAGUGUAAGUGACUAUCUAAAAUAUUAUUCUUUAAGUCAAAAUGCAAGUAUAGCAGAGAAGGAAUUUAACUACAUAUUUAAAGACCUUUAUUCAUCUAAUUUAUCAAUAUUUUUAACAGCCUAUGAAAUAUUCUUUUUUGAUAUUGAUGAAGGCUAUACCAUAUGGAAAUGUGCUCUAAAUAUUAUUUCUAGCUCACUACCUAUUUGUUUCGAAAUAAUUAGAGAACUACUUGAAUUUAGAAUAGAAAAAUUAGAUAUAUUGAAGAAGAUCAAUUGUAAUGCUACAAUUAACAAACAAGAAAUAUUUUCAAAUAGUAAAAUUCCUCUAUCUAUAAUUUAUGACAAUAGAAAUCUUGAAUAUCGAUUUCUAAUAAUUUUGGCUAUUGAUUAUCUAUUAAGGAAUUCUGAAUACUCUGAAGCCAUAAAAUAUAUUCAGGAGUUUAUCUCUAAUAAUUUUGCAUAUGAUGCUCAAAUGAAAAAGCAUUUUAAUCUAAAUUUUCUUGAACAAGUCAUAAUACAGAAUUUUAUAAUAUUUGUUCUGGAUAGAGACAUUAGUAUUCCUAGUUUAAGUUCUGAUACUUUGCAUAAAUUUGUGGCAUCAAUAAAGGAUUCUAAAAAAAUGUUUUUUUAUAUAACAAAGUUAUGGAAGAAAUGGGAUAUAGAACUAUUAAUGGAUUUGAUUGAACUUUGUUCAAGAAAUAUUAAAAGCGAACUACUUCAAAAAUCACUUGGCGAAUUUACUGAUAUAGAUGUUAACCCAAACUCGACUUUAUUGUCAAAGCUAGAGUACACUAAGAUAUGCAUAAAUGCCUAUCAUGAAAUUUCAAUAAAUAGCAAUGGCCAGUGGGAAUCCUGGAAAUCUGUACUAAUGGAAUGUGAAACAAUAAAUGGUAUUUUUAACAUUCUUAAUUUCGCUAUGAAAAAAAACUUAUUUCACUCUGCUUCUGUAAUAAUUGAUACUAUUUUGUCUAUAAAUCACGAGAAUAAAGUACAAUACAAUGAGAUUAAUGGGAUAAUAAAGGAUUUGUUAGAAAACUAUCUACUAUUCUUUCAAGAAAAAGAAGAUAUAUUCAAUUCAAUGGAAAUAUCGGAGUUAAUUGAGAUUUUUAAAGGUGCAAUUCACUUAGGUCAGGAUAUAUAUGAAAUAAGUGAGAUAAGAAAUUACAGUAUUUACAAGAUAUCAACUAGUCGUUCACUUCCAGGAUGGAAAUAUAGCGUAAUAUUAUUUAAUUCUCUCAGAAGUAUUGAGGACAAGUCACUUAUUAUAAACUCCUUGAUAAGUACACACGAAAGUUUAAACUUAAAUCAAAAACAAUUAGAUGUACUUAAGACAAUAUCACUUUCAUUAAAUUUACUUCAAGGUUUAAGUGAGGAAGAUAAUAACAAAGAGAUUUACUGUCCAUUUUAUGUUUUAAUAAAGGUACUAAAAUAUAAAAGAAUUGAUCUUAUUGAACUAGUUAUAAGAGAAGCAGGCCAUGCAUCAAGUGUACAAAAAUUAUUUUUUGACUAUAUAAAGAGUUCUUUUGGACUUAUUGGAAGAUUAGAUACGGAUUAUAUGAAAACUUUCGAAGCUUUUGCAAUUUUUGGGAGUGCCAACGUAGAAAUUUGUAGUGAGAUAUUUCCAAUAAAUUUUAAAAAUAAUUCUGCAGAUUCAAAGCUAUGUGUUGCAGGUAUUGAAGAUUAUGACACUCAAUUUGCAUUGAAUAUUCUAUCUAAGUCACCAAAGACUGAGGUAUUUAACUUUUUAUUUGAAGUAGCGGAUCAAAUAUCAAUUAAACUAUAUAAUAUAGUUAAAAGAGGGCAUUUUAAUAGGUGUUUUACUCACUUUUGCUGUCAACAUUCAAACCCAUUUGAAAUGAGUAUAUGUAGUGGAGGUACUGAUCAAAAUUUCCCAGAACCACUUUCUCCAUACUCCAAAUUUAAAUGGACAAAGAUGAACUUGUUCAGCAAAAAUAAAGAUAUAGAUCUUCAUAAAGACUUCUUAGCUUAUUCUUUUCCAAAAAAGAUUAUCAGCUUUGAGAUAAAACAAAAUACACUUAACAAUGAUAACUUUGCAAUUUUCAGAAUAUUAUGGAAUUCUCUAAAACUACUCUUACAAUGGGGUCUUGUAAAUAUAGGAGCAAAAAGAUUCCAAAUCGCUUUAAAUGGAUUACCUUUUCUAUAUGAUUUAUGGGCAAUGUUCCCUGAAAUCCCAUUUUCUAUUGAUGAUAUUACUAGUUUCAAAAGAAAUAACCUUGUAGAAUACCUUUUAUCUAUGGAUCAACUCGAUUUUGCAGAUAUCUUUGUCAGGGAAUUAACAAAAGCUGAAGCUUAUAGGAUUUGUGAUCUACCAAAAAAACACUUGAUUAAAAAUGAUAAUGCAACAAUUGAUAUAGAUGAAUCUGAAAAAAUGAGCUCAGCUAGAAAUACAUAUAAUUUAGUGGAUGUUAGAAAAGCUAUUUCUACUUUACUUUCUCAAUUUGAAGGUGAUAGAUUUAAUAACUCUAAAAGUUUAAUUAAUAAAAGCAUUAAUACAUCACUGCAAUCACGCAACGAUAUAAUAAUAAAUAUAUAUCAGAAAUAUUGGGAAGUAUUCUGUUCUGUAGAGGUACCAAAAGUUAGUUGGGAAAGGGAUGGAUUAAACUUUUUAGAAAUCAGUCUUCUUACUACACCAAGUUUAUUGAAUAUCUCAAUAUUGAAUUUAUUCAUUGGGUUAGCUUCAUCAAAUAUUAUUCAAAAAAAAGAUAGUAUAAAACACACUCAAGAUCACUUUCUACCUUUGAAAUUUAUUAUUUAUAGUUUUGAUGAUGUAAUUGGAUCUCGUAUAACAGAAUUAUUUGGCCAAGUACUAUUACAACAAAAGAUUAUACCCAAAAAAUUAAUGAAUACUACACCUAUUAAGUUGCCUCAUUGGAUAAAUAACAUAGUAAGAAGUAAGGAUAUUAUUAUUAAUAAUGAACACUAUGCACAUUUUAAUCCUCAUACAACUUUUUUAUUGGAGCAUGUAAUGAAAUUAGUUAAAGAAAAGGCUCUGUCAGUAUUUCCCUCAAACAAAAAUCAUUCUAGUAAAGUAUGCUGUUUCCCACAGUCAAUUAUGGGAUCCUUUUGUUUACAAACAAAUGUUCACUUAGUCAAUAGGUACAAUUUCAUCAGUACAAUUGUUUUAUAUGGGAAUACACAUCACGAAUUUGUAAUAAAAUCGUUAGCUAGAUUAAGUUGUUGGUGGGAAGUCAUGGUUUAUAUUUUACGUUGGUGCUUUGAUUUGUGUCAUAAGUCUAGAUCAGUGCUAAGUGAGAAUCAAAAUAGUAAACUUAGAAUGGGACCAAAUUAUGCAAUUUUAUCAUUUGAUGAGAUAUUUUGCAAUUUAGUAGUAAGGAAAGCACAUGAAACCAAUCAAUUGAUGGUUCUCAGAUCUAGUAUUAGUGACGCUAUACCUUUCGGUGGGUCUCGUGCUGCAACUAUUGCAAGGCGUUGCAAUCAAAUAAUUCAAAAAUACUUAGCAAAACAUGGGGCAUUAGAAACUUUGUAUCAAAUACUUGUUUCAAAUGAUAAUUUAGGUGAUCAGCCUCAUGCACUAGCAGGAGCACUAGCAGUUCAUCUAUCUCAAGUUAACCAUAUUGAAUUAGAUGCAAGAAUUGGUUAUCUUGAAGCUGCAACAGAUCACUUCUCUUCAGCACUAUGUUCAUUGAGACGCAGGUCAAAGAGUAUAAUAACAACAAAAAAUAAAAAAAAUAACUCUCUUUUUUUAAAAAAAGAGUCUGACUUAAGCACCAAAAACAGACCCAAUAUUAACAAUAUUUUCAUCUCAAAAAUCAUGAUAACAUCAAUUUGUGAUAUCAAUGUUUCAAAAAUAAAUCUAACAUCAUGGGGUGGUUUGUCUUCAAGCUGUAUAUCACGUAUUUUAGGACUUAUUGGUUUACAAACAUCUAUUAUAAAAACUCUUCCUAGAAUCAGUGCUAAGAGCUCUAUUUUAAGUCCAUUUUAUGAUCAUAGAAAAGAUACAAUAGUGGAAAUAUUUUUAAAUGGUGAAUUUGGACUUGGGUUUAGAAGUAUAAGAAUGCUUGAGCUUCCACCUUUGGAACUACUAACCCUGGUUACUAAAUAUCAUAUUAGUAACAAGGAUAGACACAUGGAUUUGCUUGAAUUUAUAGAUAAAAUGAAGAAUUGGAUACCAGAAAGUGAUUUAGAUACCCUGAUAGUCGAUACAAUCAAUAAUUGGAUUUUUGAAAAGGAAACAACCAAUAGAAGAAAAGUAGAAGAGAUGCCAUAUAUGGCAUUAAUAGACAGAAUUUGUAAUUCUACAUGCAAAGAACAAAUUAAGAUAUUUAUCCAAAAAAUUAAAGAUGAUACAUUUGAGUAA